UAGGAUCUGCGCAAAAUUAUUCCAGUCUAGGUUUUAUUAACGAAAGCGAAAAUUGAAACAUGGCAGGUGGGCAUAGAUCAAUUUUAAAACAAAAAAACAAAAGCCAUAAUCAUGGCAAACACAGAAGCAAGAGAAAUUUAAAAAGAGAGGCUCAUGGAAAAGUCAAUGUUAAACAAAUAACUAAAGAUAAGAAGAUAAAAGAAGUAUUGCGCCAAGAGGCAGCUGUAAAGCGAGUUGAUGGCAGGGGAAAUACUCUUGAUGAAAAGCGAGGAGUUGCAACCCUUCCACCUCGAUUAGUGGUUGUAGUCAGCCUUGAGAAGUCCGUUAACACAACAGCUGUAGUAGAUUUACUUAAAGAAGCAGAUCUGACUGCAAUAACCAACAAAAGUGAACAGAAUGUCUUGCACGUCAGUGCAUGCAAAUUAAAAAAUCGAAUGUGUUUUAUUACCCCGGAGUAUGGGAACCUCCAAGAAUUAUUGGAUGCCGCCAAAGCUGCGGAUGUUGUUUUGUUUGUUGUUGGGGAAGAUGGAAUGGACAAAUAUGGAGAGCAUUGUUUAGCCUGUGUUAUGGGUCAAGGCAUCCCAGCCAGCGUGUUUGCAUGCCAGGGACUCUCAAAAUUAAGUAAAAAGAAAACAUCAGAUGCCAAGAAAUUAAUAGACAAACAAAUAGAAAAAAGUUUUCCAGACUGCAAAUUCCGCACGAUUGACACAUGGCAGGAUGCACAGGCCCUUUGGAGACAAGUAGCAAAUUUAGCGCUAAAACCAUUGCAUUUUCGUGAUUCUCGUCCUUAUCUUCUUGCUGAAAAGUUAGAAUUUGAGCAAAAUGUUGAGAACGAUGCUGAUGCCACUGAAGAAAUAAAUGAUGCCGUCUUUGGUACGCUUAAACUGAGUGGCUACUUAAGAGGGAAAAGUUUAAAUGUCAAUAAGCUCGUGCAUUUACCAGGAUGGGGAGAUUUUCAAAUGUCGCAGAUAGACCAGUCUGAUGACCCCUACCCUUUAGUUGUAAAAGGAAAUAAAGACAGAAGAAAAAAAGAGGAUGGAACUGAUGAUGAGAUGAAAGAAGUGACACCCAGGAGUUUUUGUCUAGCCAAAGCCACAAACCCUGAAUCUCUUCAGUCUGAAGUUAUUCCUGAUGAAAUGGACCAGGAACAAACAUGGCCAACAGCUGAAGAGUUGGGAGAGGACAAACCUGUCAAAGUGAAAUCUUUAAAAGGAGUUUCAGAUUAUCAGAGAAAUUGGAUAUUGGAUUUAGAAGAUGGUUCAGCUGGCAGUGAUGACAGUGAAGAUGAGACAAUGGAGGAUGAGAUGAUGGCUGAUGCCAAAAAACCUGAAGGCAGUGAUGAAGAGUUGGAAGAAGAAGACGAGGGUGGUCUCGAUGCAGCUACAGCAACUGAAGUUGAUGAAAAUGAAAAUUAUGAUGAUCAGAUAGACUUAGAUGAGGAUAAAAAAAUGUAUGAACGUAUGAAAGAAGAGAGGCUGCAUGUGCACUUCCCUGAUGAGAUAGACACCCCAAUUGAUGUUCCAGCUAGAACGAGAUUCGCUAGGUAUCGUGGUAUGGAUAGUUUUCAAACAACGGUUUGGGAUCAUAAUGAUUCUCUUCCCUACGAUUAUGCUCGUAUUUAUAGAGUCAAUAAGCAUCAUUAUAAAAGAUUAAAGAAAAUCUCUGUCGUUGACCAAGAAGAUGAUGCAACUGAUAAUCUUCUUGCUGAGCCUGGAAACUACAUCACAGUGCAUGUGAAAAAUGUUCCAAAGUCUUUUAUGGAUUUCCACAAACCUGGGAACCCUGUUACACUGUUUGGGCUUUUUUCCAAUGAACAGAAGAUGACUUUGAUCAGUGCUCUCAUAUCCAGGGCACCAGGUUUUAAAAGCCCAGUCAAGGCCAAAGAUCCUCUUGUCUUUCAAAUAGGAUUUAGGCGGUUUUCAUCCUGCCCUAUUUUCUCGGAGCAUUCUUACCAGAAUAAGUUUAAAAUGGAGAGGUUCUUGCCUCAACAAGGUUUUAUUGUUGCUUCAAUGUUUGCUCCAAUUAUGUUUGCACCUGCGCCAGUUCUUGUGUUUAGGGAAAAUGUAAUGCAGAAGUAUGAUCUUGUGGCUAAAGGAUCCCUGAUGCCACUAGACACAGACAGAAUUGUGAUCAAGAGAGUCGUCCUCAGUGGUGCACCUUUCAAGAUAAACAAGAGAUCUGUUGUUGUCAGAUACAUGUUCUUCAACAGAGAGGACAUAGAAUUCUAUAAGCCCAUAGAAUUAAGGACAAAAUAUGGAAAAAGAGGACAUAUCAAACAAGCAUUAGGAACCCAUGGGCACAUGAAGUGCACAUUCAAUGGGCAGUUGAAAUCUGAAGACACUGUGCUGAUGAAUCUGUACAAAAGGGUCUACCCUAAAUGGAGUUAUGACCCCUGUGUCAAUAUUCUACCUCCUGUAAUGGAAGAUGGCAGUGUUGAGGAAAGUGAUGAAGAAAUGGAAAAAGAACCAGAAAAGGGAGAGGCAUUUAAAUUGUUUGAUUAAAGCUUUUUUUUUGUCAUUGUUUAUUGUAUGUAAAAAUCACAUUUUUUACACAUUAAGAUGAAUUUUUGGGAAAAUGAAAAAAGGAUUCAGACAAUAAGGAAUGGUCUUUCAGAUGUUUAAAAAAAAUUAUGAAACAAUCCUCUAAAAUGUUUUUAAAGUAUAAAAUCUGUAUUGUGUUUACACAUAGUAUGUAAAUAGAGAUAAUUUCACAAAUAAAAAGAUG